GGUAUUCGCCGUCGCCGUCGCCCGUGGGGCAUAGGUAUAGCCGGAGGAGUGGUCGGAGGGAUAGAAGCCGAUCACCUUACUCUCACAGCAGUUUAUUCAGGCUUGUGAUGUUCGUGUCUUGAUCCGUUAAAGUAUUGAUUGCUUGUCUGCGCCUUUUUCGUGUCGAAGAUAUAUUUUGCAGCUUCAGAAUUAGGACUUUUUGGUGUACUGUGGUAUAAAAAUUUUGUCAAAUUGGAGAUAUUGGGUUGAUUAUCUUGUCAUUAUAUUUAAACAAAACCCAAAUCAAAUUGCAGUUGAAGUGGAUAUUUCCCCUCCUUGUGAAUAUGUAACUUUCAAUUACAUAGUUCUCUUCAUUACACUCAUAUAAAGGCUCGAAUGGAGAAUGUUUAGGUUGAUUUGUCGCAAUGAUGCAAGUUGCAACCAUUACUUCCUGAAAGCUUCAUUUUUGAAGGACUGCAAAGAUAUUUGGGUAGUGUAGAUUUGAUCUGUAUUCUCCACACUUGCUGAACAUGAGAUUGUGAGAGCAAGGGACCAUUUUUUUGAAGGAUCAUUCUUUUCGAUUUGUUAAACUUCUGUUAUGUCUGAGAAGCACAUUGGUGGAUGAACCACUAGUCUUCUGUAGUAAUUCAUGUUAUAUUCCUUCAGCAAAUGGUCAUAUAUCUGCAACAACUCACCAGCAGACUCUUAUAUUACGUCAAGAUCUGUGAUUUCUGCUAUUGCUUCGUGCUGUGAUGCUGCAUAUGAGAAUUGUCAACCAUCUGUCCGCAAUUUGAUACUCUAUGUGCUUGUAGUUGAUGGCUGUCAUACUUCUUCAACUCUUGCUCUUUCAUCUUGAGUAUAUAAGUUGCUCGAUUAGUGUGAAAGGUAGUUAUUGGACUACACCUGUUGUACACUCUCCUUUCUUUCUCUUUUAGAGAUUAAAAGAUCUGACUUGGGGGAGUUUGGGAAAAGUCUAUUAAAACAUGAGUCACACACUACUUGUCUUCUUGGCGUGAAAAUUUAAAUUUAAAAAAGAAACCAUGGCUUCCCUUUGAUAUGGGAAGUUAGCAGGUGAUGGGUGGCGAUGGGUGUCCUUCUGUUGCUUGUUUGUGACAUUAGCAGUAUCUUAUGGUAAAAGAUGGAGCAGUCAGUUUAAUAUCAAUUAAUGAGGUAACUGUACAUGUUUAAUUUCUAUUCCAUACUAUGGCGAGUUUGUAUGAUGCAAUAUUGUAUAAUAAGUGGCACUUAAUAUCUUAGUUUGAUGUUCAAGUAUUCUAUUUUGUUACACAGAAGAAGACAAAGUCGUUCGAUGUCCUCUCGACAACGGAAAAGUCAUUCCCCUACCCCAAGACGACGUAAAAGUCCCUCUCCAACACCAAGGCGACACAAAAGACAAAGAACUAGAAGUAUCUCACUCAGUGCAUCUCCCGGUGUUAGUGUUGGUAUAAAGGAGCAGAAAGAUAUUAGUGAAAAAUUAAGAAAAGAGGAAGAAGAAAAGAAAAGGCGUCAACAGGAGGCAGAACUGAAGCUAGUAGAAGAAGAAACUGCAAAGAGGGUAGAAGAAGCAAUUCAAAAGCAAGUGAAAGAAAGUUUGGACUCUGAGGAGAUUAGGGUUGAAAUUCAGAGGCGACGGGAGGAAGGUCGGAAGAAACUAGUUGAGGAAGUUGCUGUUCAACUUGAAAAGGAGAAGGAAGCAGCUCUUAUUGCAGCUAGACAAAAAGAGGAACAAGGCCGCAAAGAGAAAGAAGAGCUGGAAAGAAUGCUGGAAGAGAACAGAAGAAAGGUGGAAGAAGCGCAGAGGAGGGGAGCUUUAGAGCAGGAGCGAAGAGAAGAGGAAAGGUAUCGCAAACUGGAAGAGCUUCAAAGACAGAAAGAAGAGGCCAUGCGAAGGAAAAAACAGCAAGAGGAGGAAGAACGAGCGAAGCAGAUUAAAGUGCUUGGCAAGAACAAUUCGAGGCCAAAGCUGUCCUUUGCCUUGGGUUUGAAAUGAUACGGAGUUGUCGUCUUCUUUAGGUUGGAAGGUCUUGUAGAAAUUUUGUUAUUCGAUUUUCUUGACAACUUUUUGUAUUUAGCAGCUACAAGUGGAAGCUUGCAUUGUAAUAGGAAAUCUCAUGAUGGUACAGGGUUUGUUGUCUUAUUAAUCUGUUCAUUUAGUUUGUUGUCAA